UGAUUCCUCCUCGUAUCUGAGCUCGAAUUUUCUCGCUAUGCUACACGUGAGCAUGAGGUGAAAAUGUCAACAGUCUCCCUUCAACAGUCUUCAAACAUUGAUUGAUCAAACUGACAGUGGAUUUGAUUGUUGAUUUUGGAUGUAUCAGACUUCCUGUUCAAGCAAAUGAGCAUUGAAACUGCUCACAGUGAUUGUCGAUUCCAUUAACAUCGGUUGAUGCAGAUGAAAUGUUAAAGGAAUUCUUCUCAGAGAAAGAUGUGGUCCUUUAGAGCAAUGGCAAGGUCAUUGAGGAUUCACAGGAGAACAAAUAGAAAGUUUUCUUCAACCUCAAGACUGUCUGUGGAAAGAAGAGGUAUCUACUAUCCCAAUGAAAAGAUUAAGAGUAUGGAUGACUUUUGUAAAUAUGCAAGCCCUGAAGAGAAAGCCCACCUGGUGAUGAUACAAGCAGAGUAUGUCAAACUCUGCAAAAGCAAUAUUGCAAACAUGCCAGAACUGACAGAUCAAGAAUGGUUAAUUCAUAUGAAUUAUGAUUCAAGAAAAGGGAGAGAAAAGCAUUUAAGGUUACUUCAAGUAAAGAAAGACAUACAGGAGACCAAGAAGCAAAAGAGGCAGCCUCAAACAGAACCACAAUACGACCCAACCAAUUUUUUUCAAGAACUUUUCUGGAUGUCAGAAAAGAAAAUCAUUCAAAAUCGUGUGGCUCGGGCUACGAUGCUGGAAGACCCCAUUCUGGUGGACCUGGGUUACGCCGACACGUUGUAUUAUAAUGAAAUCAUCGACGUGGCCAGACAUUUAUUCUUAUCAAUCGGUGACAUCAAUAGAUCAGCGCUUAACCACAUGCCGACAUUUAAUGUAAUAUUUUGUAACGUGAAACCCUCAGUGGAAGAGAAUGAGAUCUUGAAGACUCUGCGAAGGUUGUUGACGGAAGAUUGCAGCAUGAGUAAACUUCCCGUGACUCUUACAGACAAGAGUUACCUGGACCUGUUUCCAAAGAGAGACCUAGUGUACCUGUCGCCCGAUGCCGAGCAAUAUUAUCAUCCAGCGGAGGGAAUCCCAGUCAUUGCGGGCCUGAUACACAAAACAACAAAAGACAAGCUAGCGCUUCAUAGAGCUUACAAAGAAAAGAUUAAAGUACGGAGACUUCCCAUAGAUUUAAUUGACAAAUUAACAGUGCCUCGUUUGCCCAUUAACCAUAUUAUUCAAUAUGUCGCAGCAUUGCGAUUUACAAGGGACUUGGAAAUAGCAAGAAAAGCUCUGCCAAAAAGAAUCAUCAGUGGUCCAGCAGCUAAAGGGAAAAACAUUUCAAAGAUAUUGUGAUGAUAAUUAUUUUAGUAUUUGUUCAGUGUUAUGUUAAUAUAAUGUAAAUUACAUGUAUUGAAUCGUACAUGUAUAUGACAACA